GGUUGAACCGGGGUGAGCUAAGCUGAGCUGAGCCGAACCGAGCCGAGCCUGACUGAGCUCAGCCCAGCUGAGCUGAGCCGAACCGAGCUGUUGGGGUGCGGAAGGCAGCGAGCAAAUCCUUGUAGGAUUGCCCGUGGAGAGGGUUUUGCUGGAUCCAGUAACCCCAAACCCAGUCUAGUGGGGACGGGCACUGCGCUCAAGGUCUCUCCUCUGCAGGACCUGCCGUCCCCACACAUCCUCCUGCGGUGGCCACCUGCAAUGAGGGGAGAAGGCGCGUGAGGAGCCCCCGGCCCUUACAUGAACCCGGCAAGGCGUGAUCGGUGCUGGUGCCGGCGGGGUCACAAGCCAUGGAACUGAGCCAGGAGGGCGUCUGAAGCCACCAGAAGGAGUAGAGGGACAUGGAACCUCCCAAUGGCAGCACGGCUGACCAGUCAGACACGUGCUUUGGGGCUUUCAAUGCCAGCGAUGGACGCAGCAAUGGGCAGAACCGCAUUGCCUCGCCCUGGUUCUCCACUGCCUUUGGCCUCAUUGGCCUCUGCUCCAACCUCUUUGCCCUCUGUGUCCUGAUCACCUCCUCCCGCAAACUGUCCAGCCGGACCCGUUCCUCCUUCCUCGUCUUCCUCUGCGGGCUGGUGGUCACGGACUUCAUGGGGCUGCUGGUGACGGCCUCAGUCAUCAUCCCAUACCACUUCAUCAAGUUCGCUUGGGCCGAGGUGGACCCUGGCUGCCACCUUUGCAACUUUCUUGGGUUCUCCAUGGUCUUCUUCGGCCAGUGCCCACUGCUGCUGGGGGCCACCAUGGCUGGUGAGAGGUUCUUUGGCAUCAACCACCCGUUCUCCCGCUCCACCAGCAUCUCCAAGCGCCGUGCCUGGUCCAUCGUGGGGCUGGUGUGGGGCUUCUCCUGCGUGCUGGGGCUGCUCCCAGUGCUGGGGCUGGGGCAGUACACAUUGCAGUAUCCUGGCUCCUGGUGCUUCCUUACCCUCCUGCCUGACACCGGUGACAUUGUCUUCUGCCUGCUCUUUGCCCUGCUGGGCAUCUUCUCCGUGCUGCUCUCCUUCAUCUUCAACACAGUCAGCGUGGUAACACUCUGCCGUGUCUAUCAUGAGCGGGAGUCGGUGCAGCGACGCCGGGACAGCGAGGUGGAGAUGAUGGUGCAGCUUGUGGGCAUCAUGAUCAUUGCCACUAUCUGCUGGAUGCCCCUCCUGAUCUUCAUCGUCCAGACGGUCCUGCAGCAGCUGCAGGCCGAUGGCCAGAUCCAGAUGCUGCCCACAAAGACGCAGGAGAUGCUGCUCAUCUACAUCCGCAUGGUCACCUGGAACCAGAUCCUGGACCCCUGGGUCUACAUCCUCUUCCGCCGGGCCGUGCUGCAGCGCAUCUACCCCAGCCUGCGCCCCCGGCCCUCCAUCAUCUCCCUCUACCCUGUCCUCAACCCCUCCCUGCGCCGCAAGUUCACUGCCGACUCCGUCCUGCAGUAGUGGCCGCAGGGUCGGGCACCAGGGGUGCAGCCGCACCCCCAUCCCACCCCCCACGAUAAUUCAUUGUCCCCAUCACCCGCACCCACGGGCUCUCCCCAAACAUGAGCGGAUUGGCAGGGGCACAGAGCUGCUCCCCGU